AUGGGUGAGAUUCAAAGUUCUCACCAUAAGGCCGAAGAAAAGUGUCAUUUGUUAUUGAGAAAAAACCAAUCUAUUGGUGAAGUUUUGCAUAAGCAAACGGAACUUGAGCAAAGUAAUUAUGAAAUUCGAUUACGUGCUACAAUCCGUGGUUGUAGAUUUUUAUUAAAAAAUGCAUUACCAUUUCGUGGACACGAUGAGACGGAAAAGUCUAAUAAUAAAAGACUUUUCAUUGAAGUCUUAUCUUUGAUUAGAGAAGAUAAUGAGAAGAUUUUUAAUGUUACUUUAGAAAAUGCUCCAAAAAAUGAAAAGUUGACUUCUCCGACAAUUCAAAAAGAUAUUGUCAAUUGUUUUUCAAAAGAGAUAAUCAAGUCUAUUUGUGAUGAAAUUGGUAAAGAUGUGUUCGGUAUAUUAGUUGAUGAGUCUAGUGAUGUUUUCAAAAAAGAACAAAUGGCUAUAGUUUUAAGAUAUGUUGAUAGACUUGAGAUUGUAAAGGAAAGAUUUAUCGGAGUUGUUCACGUGUUGGAUACAUCCUCUUUGACUCUUAAAGCCGCCAUCGAUACUGUUUUUUCCAACAACAACUUGACUAUCGAUCAGGUGAGGGGGCAAGGUUAUGAUGGAGCAAGUAAUAUGAGUGGUGCAUUCAACGGUUUGAAAUCUUUGAUUUUAAAUGAAAAUAGUUCCGCACAUUAUAUACAUUGUUUUGCACUCCAACUUCAAUUAGUAGUUGUGGCGGUUGCAAAGAAACAUGAUGAUGUUGAAGAAUUCUUUGAACAACUAGGUUUGGUGGUUACUGUUGUUUGUGGGUCUUGUAAGAGAAAAAAUAUGAUACGAGAGAUGCAAAAAGAAAGAGUGGCAGCCGAAAUUGGUAUUGGUGAAACCAAAACAAGAAGAGGGUUGAAUCAAGAGAUUUCUCUUGUUCGAGCUGGAGAUACUAGAUCGGGUUCACAUUUUAGAACAAUUGUAAGUUUUUUGAAUUUGUUUGCAGAAGUUGUUACGGUUCUUAAAUAUGUCAAAGAGGAGGGGUCUACUUUAUCUAACCGUAAUCAAGCAAAGGGUAUUUUGUCAUAUUUCAAAACACUUGAUUUCGUGUUUCUUUUACACUUGAUGUUGGAAAUUCUAUGUCUCACGGAUACUUUGUCAAAGCAUCUUCAAAAAAAAGAUCAAAAUAUUUUGGAAGCGACUUCGUUAGUAAAAGGGACAAAGAAAGCAUUGCUUGUUUUUAGAAAAGAUAGGUUUCCACUAAUUUGGAAGAAAGUAUGUGCUUUUAGUGAAAAACAUAGUAUUAGAAUUGUGAACAUGUCAGAAUAUUAUGUUACCCCACGAAAGCGUAGGACCAAUAAGACUAAUCAACAUCAUUUUGAAGUUGUGAUUUUUAACACGAUUUUGGAUAUGCAAAUUCAAGAAUUUGGGGAAAGAUUUAGUGAAGUUGGCACGGAGCUGAUGGAGAACAUGGCGGCUUUGAGUCCUUGUGACUCGUUUUCUGGUUUUGAUAAAGCAAAGUUGUUAAAGUUAAGCGAGAUAUACAAAAACGAUUUUGACGAUUCAGAAAGGGUGCAACAUAAUGGGCAACUUGAUAUCUAUUAUCACUCUUUGCUCCAUGAUGAAAGAUUUUUCAACUUGAAGGGAAUUGCAGACAUCUCUCGUUUGUUGGUGGAAACUGGAAAGCACCUCUCUUUUCCUUUGAUUUAUAGAUUAUUAAAACUAACUUUGGUUUUGCCUGUCGCAACCGCAGCCGUUGAAUGGUGUUUUUCUGCGAUGAAGUUCUUGAAGACCGAUUUGCGUAAUAGAAUAGGUGAUGAUUUUAUGAAUGAUGCUUUGAUUUGUAGUGUAGAAAAAGAAGUACUAGAGAAUGUUAAGACUGAAAAUGUAAUUAAUCGUUUUCGUAAAAUGAAAGAACGAAGAGGUGAACUUUAA